AUGGGUGCAACCAGCUUCACACAAGAGCUCAUAUGCCCGAUUGCUCCGGCUCGCAUUCUUAAGGCCUUGAUUGUCGAGUCAAAUACCCUGAUCCCGAAGCUCCUGCCUCAGUUCAUAAAGAGCGUGCGGAGCUGGCGCAAGGCGACGGUGGAGCCGGUGCAAGGUGACAGUGGAGCCGGGAGCACUGAGCAAAAUGUGAAGCACCAGAUCGACAAGCUCGACAAGGAGAACUUCAUGUGUAGGAACACGAUGAUCGAGGGCGAUGCGCUGGGUGACAAGCUCCAGUCGAUCGAUUACGAGGUCAAGUUUGAGGCCACCAGCGAUGGAGGGUCGGUCUGCAGGAUGGCGAGCAAGGACAACAGCGAGAAGGCACUUCAAGUUGAAGAAGAGGAGAUCUAG